AUGUGCUCAGUUUGGAGCGGCGUCGAAAAGCAAGCGGUUGUGUAUUAGCCAGCAGCUUCUGAGGAGUGGUACCAAUUUAGAACAUUUGAAUUUUGUGUGGUGUGGCAAUUGUGUGUGCGUAGUAUAGAAACCAUGUAUCACCUGAAGAGUUUGGCCCGACAGGGUGCUAUGCGCCAGCAGGAGUUGACCGCCUUGGCCAAGGCAUUGCCCACUGCUGUGCUCCAGACACGCAAUUACCAAAUUCCCGAUCGUCUCAAGGACGUGCCAACCGCCAAGGAUCCGCGUUUCUUUGACAUGGUCGAGUACUUCUUCCAUCGCGGCUGCCAAAUAUCCGAAGAUCGUCUGAUCGACGACAUGAAGGGCAAACUGUCGCUGGACGAGAAAAAGCAGAAGGUAAAGGGUAUUCUUAUGCUUAUGCAACCGUGCGACCACAUCAUCGAGAUUGCAUUCCCGCUGCGUCGCGAUGCGGGCAACUACGAAAUGAUUACCGGCUACCGUGCACAGCACAGCACGCACAGGAUUCCCACCAAAGGAGGCAUUCGCUUCUCGUUGGAUGUGUCACGCGAUGAAGUCAAAGCCCUUUCUGCUCUGAUGACCUUCAAGUGCGCCUGCGUUGAUGUACCCUUCGGCGGUGCCAAGGCCGGCCUGAAGAUCAACCCCAAGGAGUACUCGGAGCAUGAGCUGGAGAAGAUCACGCGUCGCUUCACACUUGAGUUGGCCAAGAAGGGUUUCAUUGGCCCCGGCGUUGAUGUGCCCGCACCCGAUAUGGGCACCGGCGAGCGUGAGAUGUCCUGGAUUGCCGAUACCUAUGCCAAGACCAUCGGCCAUUUGGACAUCAAUGCGCACGCUUGUGUCACUGGCAAGCCCAUCAACCAGGGCGGUAUUCACGGACGCGUCUCGGCCACCGGUCGCGGCGUCUUCCACGGUCUGGAGAACUUCAUCAACGAGGCCAACUAUAUGAGCAUGAUUGGCACCACUCCCGGCUGGGGAGGCAAGACCUUCAUUGUGCAGGGCUUCGGUAAUGUCGGCCUGCACACCACCCGCUAUCUGACCCGCGCUGGCGCCACCUGCAUCGGUGUGAUUGAGCACGAUGGAACACUCUACAACCCAGAGGGUAUUGAUCCCAAGCUGCUGGAGGACUACAAGAACGAGCACGGCACCGUCGUCGGCUAUCCCAAUGCCAAGCCGUACGAGGGCGAGAACCUGAUGUUCGAGCAGUGCGACAUCUUCAUUCCAGCGGCCGUCGAGAAGGUCAUCAACAGCGAGAAUGCAGGCAGAAUUCAAUGCAAAAUCAUUGCCGAGGCUGCCAACGGCCCCACCACGCCCGCUGCGGAUAAGAUACUCAUUGAUCGCAACAUUUUGGUCAUACCCGAUUUGUAUAUCAAUGCCGGUGGUGUUACCGUCUCAUUCUUUGAGUGGCUCAAGAACCUGAACCAUGUAUCAUACGGUCGCUUGACCUUCAAGUACGAGCGCGAGUCCAACUAUCAUCUGCUCGACUCAGUCCAACAGUCAAUUGAAAGAAUUAUUAACGACGAAUCCGUGCAAGAGUCCUUGGAGCGUCGCUUCGGUCGUGUCGGCGGUCGCAUUCCCGUCACACCCUCUGAGUCGUUCCAGAAGCGCAUCUCUGGCGCCUCCGAGAAGGAUAUUGUGCACUCCGGUCUGGAUUAUACCAUGGAGCGUUCCGCACGUGCCAUCAUGAAGACAGCCAUGAAAUACAACCUGGGUCUGGAUCUGAGAACCGCUGCCUAUGUCAACUCCAUUGAGAAGAUCUUCACCACAUACCGUGACGCCGGUUUGGCCUUCUAAGCGCUGCAGCUGCUAAAACUUAACUAGUUUAUUAAUCAACCAAACUCAAAAGCAAACAUAAACAUAUUGCAUCCGCGCACCUCUGUUUUUGGCAAAUGUCACAAAAGCAAAUUAAUUUAUAUGAAGCAACAAAUUAUUAGUUUAGCUGAAAGAUUUGUUCAACUUUCUAACUUCAUACCGUGUUUUAAAUUAAGCUAAACAAAAACAAGAGCGAGCUUUAAUUGCUUUUACAAUGAUUAUUGUUGAUUUUCUGUAAGUUUUUAAGUUUUAAUGAGCGUAAAAGUGAAGCAAUUGCAUUUUUCAAUUAUGUAUCGUAUCGUACGAAACGCUCCGUUGCCGCAACUUUUAAAGUAAUCAAAUACACACAUAAACUAAAUAACUAAACAA